AUGACUAAUCGAGUUGUUACUAAUAACUAUAAAACAGAGACUACUUUCAAUGCUUAUCUUUGGAAUGGAAAUUUGGAAGAGAUCGAAGAAAUUAAAGUCGAAGGAUUGAAAUGGUGAGGUAUUCAAUUAAUCUAUUAUUCAUAACAUUUAUUCAUUUUAGGAAAAUUGGGAUAAAGAAAACGAAAAUCGGUAGAAAUUGGUAUCUAACAUUUUGCAUUUCUUUUCCAAAAACCGAGAAGGAAUCAAUGGAUAAUAAAAUGUACAAUGUACAAUUCAUGGUGGUUGAUCAAAGUGGAAAUAACAAAAAUUUGAUGAGCAAUUUGAAUUUCUCAAAUCAAGAUAUAAUCGAAAAUGAUGUUAAAGAAGUGACAUUUACUACGAAAUUGUGGGAUACUAUUUACAAUGAAAGUUACUAUGAUCAAUAUCGUGGAACUGUCUACAGAUAUAGAAAAGGUUCUGAUGAUAUUUCCAUCAAAACUGAAGUUUCUGUUACUUCUCAUACUUCAUUCAACAAUAUUCCGGAUACUUCUCAUAAUUUCUUCAACAAUAUUCCUGGUGUCACUGAUAUUGUUUUGAAAGUAGAAAAUACUGAAUUCUAUAUGAACAAAAGAGUGAGUUGAUCAUAUUUUUAUUGUUCAUAUAAUGGGGUCAUUCAGUUUAGUUUUUCAGCCAAAAAAAGCAGGAGAAAUUAUGUAUGUUCAGAAAACACAAAAAAUUGUUGAGAAAUUCAGUUUCUCAACCUACUUAAAUUUUCAUUUAAUAAAUUAGUGAUUCUGGGUGGUUUUGUGCUUCGAAUCGCUCCAUAUUCGUGUAUUUUUCGGUUUUAAUGUUCUAAAAAACUUUAAUUUAAGUAGGUUGAGAAACUCAGUUUCUUCCCCUUUUUUGGUUGAGAAUAGAACCUGAAUAGCCCCAUAAGUGUAUUUUCCCAGGAUUUGUGUAUGAAUUCGGAAUAUUUCUACGAAUUGUUCGUUGUUCAAAAAUGUGAGGACAAAGUUAUCGAAAUCCAAGAUGUUAGUGUCGAUGAUUUCACGAUGUUUUUAAUUGUUCUUGAUCAUAAAAACAUGUUCGGAUCGGCAAAUAUUUUGAGCAGUCUUAGAUGUAGGUAUUUAAAAAUCUCGCCUGUAAUCCAAUACAUAUGAAAAAGUGAAUUUCAGCUGGUGCAUUCGAAAAAAGUCUCGUUUUGGCUGAUCGUUUCAAAGCGAAUAUUAUCCAUGCGAAAAUCGCUCUUACAAUGAAUGUUAUGUUUGAAAUUCAGCCAAAAUCCACAACCGUUUUUGAUUAUUCAACAAUUCGUUUGAAGUGUUUGAAAUUUGCUGACAAAUAUAAUUACACCAACAUUUUGGUAAGCUAAGAUUUUUGUUAUUCAAAAAAAAUUCUUUUAUUUAUUCCAGGAGCAUUGUUUGAAAUCAUUCGGAAGUGCCAAAGAAAUCAAAGAUGCUUCAAAAUCCGAAGAUUUUACUGCUUUGAGCGCCGAAACAAAAGCUCGUGUUCUUUAUCGUGUUUUGGAUUUUGUUUAA